UGGCCACAAUCAGCAUUGUCGCAUAUGACUUCUGUGCAAGCACGUACAUUUCCUAGCAAUGAACCGUUGACCUUAAACAUCAAAUCUUUUGAGAAAAGGAAGAAAGUGUUUCCCAAGUAAUGUUGCAGUAAGAUCACUUGGCAUAAGUAUAUAAUACUUGCGCCAGAGCAAGUACCAUAACCAAUUCAGCAGUUUCUUUCUUAGGAGUUUCAUUCCAUUAAAAGCUCUCACCAUCCAAUUUUAGUAAAAGGGUCACCCCUCCUUAAUCCUUACAUUGUCCAUGGCCGUCAACGAAUUCUCUGACAUCGCUCUUCGGCCGAUGGGCCUUUAGAACAUCGACGACUUCAUGGUGAGGGCAACCGAUGACAGAGUGAGCCGAUUUUCCACUUGGGACACUUUCACCAGCAAAGAAGAAGGAAUCAGCUACAUCACGAACGUUGUCCUCCCUCACCCUUGGUAUAGAGCCAUCUGCCUUCAUGAUCGUCUGGUCGGCGGCAUUUCGGUGAGGCCGGUGGCAUUGAUUAGGGACCACCGGUCGACAUCUCAGAUCGGCUAUGGCCUUGCCUCGGCAUACUGGGGACGGGGAAUCAUGACGCGGGCGGUGAAGAUGGCGGCAGCGGCAGUUUUCCGAGAGUGGUCGGAGCUGUUGAGGCUUCAGGCUCUUGUUGAUGUUGAGAAUGUGGGGUCAAUUAGGGCGUUGGAGGCUGGGUUUAGGAGGGAGGGUGUUCUGAGACAUGGUGAAGGGAAGAGCUAGAGACAUGGUGAUGUUUAGCCUUCUCUCUUCCAAAGUUAGUAUGUCUCUUGUUCAGAGCAUUUUCAUUGUAUUCGCUCUUCUGUUAGAACAUUUUAAGUUUUACCAAAUCUGCAUAGAUUGAUUCUAGUUUGUCUUUAAGAGAUUUAAUUUACCAAUUCAAUUUGAGAAUAUGAGUGUAGCGGCAGAUGCCG